AUGGGCUAUUUGCGGCGUGUUCCUUUGGUGCUGCUUUUUCCUUUGGCGCUGGGCUGUGACGUGGCCUCCAGCAGCGGCCUCCGAAUCACAGGCCUCACACACAAUCCGAAGUACAACGGAGAAUACGUGCGGGAUGAAGAUGUGAACUCCCAGCCCAGCUUUUGGCAGCGGAUCUCGGAGAACUGCGGAGAGGUGAUGAGGAAAGGUGAGUGCGGUGCCAAGCACUGGAUCAAGCUGCCACAAGGCAAUGCCUCAAAGGCGGCCUGCCACGAGGCCUGCGCCAAGGAGGGUGCCAGUGGCUGCUGCCGCCAUGGAACCUUCGCAGGGAUGUCGGGCUAUGGGGUUGCUGCACCUCCAGGCUGCGCCCUGGGCCGCGGCCGCGUGAUCUUCGAGGCGAUGCCCAACUUCGCGGCGGUGGCCGACUGCCACGGCCGCGCCUUCGUGUCCUUCCAGGCGGGCGCCUGGGCGCUUCGGCCACCCACCUGGGAUGGAGUAGACGACCAGCUGCAGAGCUCCACACUGGCCGAGGGCGCUGCAGAUGGGAACCUCUCCGAGGGCUUCGUUCGCGAGUGGGGCGACCGACAGUGGCCAGCGAAGUUCGUGGAUGCCGAUGUCCAGAUCCAGCUGCUUUGUCCGGAGCCUGAGGAUGCUUCGUGGCAGCUUUGGCUCGGCAUCUUGGCCGGCGUGGCCGUGGUGAUUGCGCUUGCUUCCGUGGCGACGCUGCGGUGUUUGCCGGGCAAGAAGCAGGCGGAGCCCAGAGAGGAGCCAUCAGAGAACCCGGAUGAGACCUGGGAUGUGGUGCUGGGCCGUGCAGAGGUGAGGUCCUCAAGCAUCCAGAAGCCAAAUCACUUGUCCGUGGAGGGCCCUGUGGUUUUGCCUUUGGAAGGGUCAAAGGUGUGGGGCUGCGAGAGUACGGCGCUGGACCGCGCGCAGGAGCAGGCGAGCCCCAGAGCCGCGGUGGCAACUCUGAUUCUGGACAGCGCCCGGAAGUCCGCGGGGGAGCUGUCCUUCCUCAAGCCCUCGGAGCUGCGGAAGCGCGCGGAAGCAGCAGGCCUGGGCCGCCGCCAGAUCGCAGAGGCCGAAGACUCCAGAAAUCCCCGCGCUGCCUUUGUGUCACUUCUGCUGACACACAGGAGCCCCUCUGAGCCGGGCAGCCCCUGGUUGGAGACGCGCAGUGAAGAUGCCAAGAGCGCAGUGGAGGAGUCGCCCUUCUCCAAGGCCGUGAGCGUCGAGGAGUCGCCCUUCUCCAAGGCUGUGAGUGCCGAGGCCAAGCGGGGCAAGGAGCUUCAAGAGCACGCCGGCCAGAAGUUUGCCCACAUGUCCCUUUCACCCUCGGAGGAGGAGUCCAUCCGGGCAGAGGCGGCCACCCGCAUCCAGGCCAGCAUACGCGGCGCCGCUGUGCGCCGACGCUCUUUGGAGAUGGCGAAGGAGGGGGCAGCCAUCACCAUCCAGAAAAACAUCCGUCGGCGCCAGGUGCGGCAGAACAUCAGCUUGAAGCGUAGACAAGCCAAGGCGGCCGCGGAUGCUCGGAUCCGCGGGGAGGAGCGUGCGGCGCUGUUCAGGCUCAAGGAGAAGCUGGAGGCGCUGAAGGCCAAGGAGUUGCGGAGAUGCGGCGAGGAGUGGUGCUGCACCGCGGCAGAUUUGGCGGCAGCGGAGGAGGAGGAGCAGCCGAAGGUGGCCUUCAGGAGGCUCAUCCUGGAGCGAGCCAGAGAGGCUCUCGGGCAGCUUCAGAGAUUGACCGUCCCGGAGCUGAAAAAGCAGGCCCAGGCUGCGGGCUUCCCAGCGUUGCAGGUGGAGCAGGCGGAGGACGGAGAUGAGCCGAAGCUUGCUCUCUUCAGGCUGCUGUGCCAAGAGCCGCUGCAGCUCCAGCGGCUGCGGCAGGCAGACCUGGAGCUUGGCAACGGGGAGGCAGAGCUGGCCCAGGUCUUCGCCGACCUUAAGGCGCGCCUGGAGCAGUCGAGGCUCCGGGACCUGGCGCGGCUGCUUCGCGCCACUGGGUGUGGGCGCAAGGACAUCGAGGAGGCUGAAGAUGAGGAGAACCCCAAGCAGAAGAUGACGCAAAUGAUCCUCGAUGUUGCGCGCGAAGUGCUGAACCAGUUCCAGAACAUGAAGAUGUCGGAGCUGAAGCGGUUCGCAGAUGCCAACGGGGUGUCCCCCGUUGAGGUCGAGGACUGUGAGGACACGGAGAACCCCAAAGUGGCGCUUGCAAAGCUCCUCUUUCUGCGCAUGCCGUUCAACCACUCCGCUGCCAGCCCUGUGCGUUACCCCCAAGGAGGCGAUGUCUUCUCCUUCAACGAUCUGUCAUCUCUGUCGGCAGACAUCCCGGAGGUCGAGAAGAUGUCGGAGCUGGACAAGGCGCUGAUGCGCAUGAAGGUGGAGCUGGUGGGCAUGAGGGUGGCAGAGCUGAAGCAGCGCGCGGCGGCCUAUGGCUGCACGGAAGAGACGAUUGAGGAGGCCCUGGACGAGGAGAGUCCAAAGCUGGCCUUGGCCCAGCUGAUCUUGGACGUGGCGCGGGACGCCAAGGACGCGCUGCUGGAGAUGCGGCUCAGCGAGCUGAAGCAGCACGCGCUCGGGGAGAUGGGCAUCUCACAGGAAGAGAUAGAUGCGGCUGAAGACGCGGACAACCCCAAGGCCAGUCUGAUUCUGUCCAUCUUCGCCAGCAAGAACCGGGAAGCGGCGGAGCCGCACACCGGAGCGUCAGCCACGUAUGCGCUUGAGCAGGAGCCGCAUAUGCAGUCGGGCAAGAGCAAGGACCUAAGCCACUCUCCCGGGCCACACCACCUGGGUCCUGGAGCCUUCGGCCUGUCAUGGUGGUAUUUAAAAGAGGAGGAGGUUGAAGAGCAGGAGACGGCUUCUUUGCCGCAGGCGCCGCCAAAGACGGGGAUGUCGGUGUCAGCGCUGCCGCUGGCGCAGCGGCCGCUGCCCAGCUCACGGCCUCCUUUGGCGGAGGUCAGCUUCGAGGAUGCCUGGCAGAUGCCGCGCCACUUGUGGCCCUGGAUCGCCAUGCACGCUGAAUUGAAGCAGGGCCAGAGGAUCCGCCUGGCAGCCAAAGCUGUGACGACUGCCGAGACGGAGGAUUCCUUGUCGGAGGUACCAUUGAGCCAGGCGCUGCAAACGGCGCACUGGUGCUGGUCGCACAAGUAUCCCGGCGUAGCGGCUUCCUCCCUGGUGCCCAUGCUCUUCCUGGGCAAUGAGGACAGCGCGGUGCUCCACUGGGUGCUGAUGCUGCUGGCCACCCAGCUCUGGCGCAAGGCCACCUUCGCGGAGCCCCGGGAGUUCCUGGUGGACAACGGCCGCCUCAAGGCGCCUGGCCUAAGCUACUUCUUCUCCCGGCGCUAUGAUGAUGCGGAUCCUGGCAAGACGGCGCUUUGGGGCCAGGUGGUCGUGGGCCGAAAAAGGGGCAAGUGGGUGAAGGUGGGCCAUUGCUGCUACCUGCCCACCGAGCUGGACGGCAUUCAGGUGCUGCGGGACGACUUUGAGCCCCACGAAGUAGAACGGGAGGCGCUCUCCUCCCCGCGUGCCAAGGGCAAGAGGCCCGAAGCUGUGGAGGCCGGGAGAGUCCGGUUGAGCUUCGUGCAGGCGUUGUGA